AAAUGGUUCGUUGCAUCAGAAGGAUACCGUUCAUGACAAUGACUUUGAGCCCUAUCUUUCUGGACAGUCAAAUCAGAGUAACAGUUACCCCUCAAUGACUGACCCCUACCUGUCCAGUUAUUACCCACCAUCCAUCGGGUUUCCUUACUCCCUCAAUGAGGCUCCGUGGUCAACUGGAGGGGACCCUCCCAUUCCAUACCUCACUACCUACGGACAGCUCAGCAAUGGAGACCAUCACUUUAUGCACGAUGCUGUUUUUGGGCAGCCCGGGGGUCUGGGCAACAACAUCUAUCAGCAUAGGUUUAAUUUUUUCCCCGAAAACCCUGCCUUCUCAGCAUGGGGAACAAGUGGAUCACAAGGGCAGCAGACUCAGAGCUCAGCCUAUGGAAGCAGCUACACCUAUCCUCCCAGCUCCCUGGGUGGCACGAUUGUGGACGGACAGACCGGUUUCCACAGUGACACGCUCAACAAGGCUCCUGGGAUGAACAGCCUAGAGCAGGGGAUGGUUGGCCUGAAGAUUGGGGAUGUGGCCACGUCUGCAGUCAAGACCGUGGGGUCUGUCGUGAGCAGUGCAGUGAUGACUGGCGUUCUUUCUGGCAACGGAGGACCGAGUGUGAACAUGCCUGUUUCUAAGCCCACCUCCUGGGCUGCCAUCGCCAGCAAGCCGGCAAAGCUUCAGCCCAAGAUGAAAACCAAGAGCGGGCCUGGGAUGGGUGGCACGAUGCCACCCCCGCCCAUCAAGCAUAACAUGGACAUUGGCACCUGGGACAACAAGGGGCCUAUGACGAAGGCCCCAGCUCCCCAGCAGACCCCAUCCCCCCAGUCAGCCCCACAGCCACAGCAGAUUGUCCAGCAGGUUCCAGCACAGCCACCACCUCUGGCCCAGCCGCAGUACCAGACCCCUCAGCAGCCACCCCAGACCCGCUGGGUGGCCCCACGCAGCAGGAAUGCGGCGUUUGGGCAGGGUGCAGGGGCCAGCAGCGACAGUAACUCUCCUGGGAAUGUCCAGCCCAGCGCAGCCCCAAGUGUAGAAUCACACCCUGUUCUUGAAAAAUUGAAAGCUGUCCACAGCUACAACCCUAAGGAGUUUGACUGGAACCUGAAGAGCGGCCGCGUGUUCAUCAUCAAGAGCUACUCGGAGGACGACAUCCACCGCUCCAUCAAGUACUCCAUCUGGUGCAGCACGGAGCACGGCAACAAACGCUUGGACGGUGCCUUCCGCUCUCUGGGCAGCAAGGGGCCCGUCUACCUGCUGUUCAGCGUUAAUGGCAGUGGGCACUUCUGUGGUGUGGCUGAGAUGAAGUCGCCAGUGGACUACGGCACCAGCGCGGGGGUCUGGUCUCAGGACAAGUGGAAGGGAAAGUUCGACGUCAAGUGGAUUUUUGUCAAGGAUGUGCCCAACAACCAACUCCGGCACAUCCGGCUGGAGAACAAUGACAACAAGCCUGUCACAAACUCCCGUGACACCCAGGAGGUGCCCUUGGAGAAGGCAAAGCAAGUGCUGAAGAUUAUCUCUUCCUACAGGCACACCACCUCCAUCUUUGAUGACUUUUCCCACUACGAGAAGCGCCAGGAGGAGGAGGAGGUGGUGCGCAAGGAACGGCAGAAUCGAAACAAACAAUAA